AUGAUGUUCUUCAAAUCCGAGAAAACAGAACCGGUAGCUUCCGUCGAGGUCAACAAGGAGGUGACGUAUGUCCCAUUCCAGGCCCCAGCUCCCGAAUCCAAGACUCCAACGCCCGCCGAACUCACUGCAGAGCAGAAAGAGAAAUACGAGUUUGUCCUUAAACACUUCCAGAACCCCGACUUGGUAGUUGCCCAGCUGGAGGAGGACCAGAAAGCCCAUAAAGAUGCACCCGAGGGCCACGGAUUUACGCCUCUUACCUCCGAUGAGAAGGCAUGGCUUACUAAAGAGUGCUUUUUGCGCUAUCUCCGUGCAACCACUUGGGUGCAAGCAGACGCUAUCGCCAGAAUUUUGGGCACGCUUGCUUGGCGUAGAGAGUACGGCAUCUCCAAAGCUGUCUUUGAUGACAAUGAGGUGAACAGCGAGCUUGUUGCUGUCGAAAACGAAACAGGCAAGGAGGUGAUUUUGGGCUACGAUAACAACACUAGACCUUGCCUCUACUUGAAGCCCGGCAGACAAAACACCAAGUCCGGUCCUCGUCAGAUCCAGCUCAAUGUCUUCUUGCUUGAAAGAGUCAUUGACUUCAUGCCCUCGGGCCAAGACACUUUGCUGUUGUUGAUUGACUUCAAGCCUACCCCUGUCUGUACUGUGAAGGAGAAGCUUCCACCUGUCAGCACUGGUAGACAGGUGUUGCAUAUUCUUCAAACACACUAUCCUGAGAGAUUGGGACGUGCUCUCUUGACCAACAUUCCGUUCCUCGCGCGUACAUUUUUGAACAUCAUCCAUCCGUUCAUCGAUCCAUUAACGAGACAGAAAUUGGUCUACGACGAGCCAUUCGCCAACUACGUUCCUCUUGAGCAGUUAGAUCAAGACUUCGGAGGAAAAGUCAACUUUGAGUACGACCACGAAAAGUACUGGCCAGAGAUGCUCAAAAUCGCCAAGGAGAAGAAAGCCCUCUACAUGAAGCGUUUCGAGGAGUUUGGCGCCACAGUUGGUUUGGCUGAAGAAGAUUUGCGCGGCACCCACGCUGAACAACGGAUGCCUGUUGACUGGUACAAACUUUAG